AUGUCAUCACCACCAAAUCCACGCGCUAGAAAGCAACCUCGCAGAGGUCGCCAUUCUUCUCAAUUAGCAAGUAGCAUAGGAAACGCAAGAGGCGGCAGAAAGGUCCAAAACACCUCACCAAUUCAGAAUGCCUCAUUCUCUACAUCUGCUUCUUUUGCAGAGGAGAUGUCUGCAGUCUCCGCUCCUCCGCUCAGUACAGCAGUCCCUCUCGAUACUCCACGAUUCGCAGAUCUUGGUGCUGAAAAUCUCCUUAAUCCAAUCCUUCUCAAGACUAUUACCGAAGACUUAAAAUUCGAUCAUAUGAUGCCAGUUCAAGCUGCAACUCUUCGUCCUUUACUCUCAGAACGCGUCGAUUGUUUAGCACAGGCAAAGACUGGAACUGGAAAAACUAUUGCAUUUCUUAUUCCAGCAAUUCAAACUCUUAUUAACAAACAGAGACGUCCUCAAGAUGGAAUUUCCUUAUUAGUCAUGACACCAACGCGAGAACUUGCACAACAAAUUGCAAAGGAAGCAAGUCAAUUAUUGAAAAAUCUCCCUAACUAUAAGGUCGGAUUCGCCAUCGGUGGCACCAAUAAAACUACGGAGGAGAAGAAUAUCUUGAAUGGUUGUAAUAUUCUUAUUGCCACUCCAGGUCGAUUAUUUGAUCAUCUUAGUGAUGAAGGAAUCACCAAUGCUUUCCGCAAUCUUGAUACUAUUGUUCUUGACGAGGCAGAUAGAUUACUUGAUAUGGGAUUUAUGAAUGCUAUUAGAGAUAUCAUCAAAUGUCUUCCGGACAAGCAGAAAACCAAGAGACAGGGAAUGCUUUUCUCCGCCACUAUUGCUCCUCAUGUUGAAAAGGUCGCUCACUUGGUUCUCUCAAAAGAUUAUAAGUUCAUUUCUACCAUUCCCGAAGGCGAGGUCAAUACCCAUGCACGUGUUCCUCAACAUCUCAUCACCGUUCCAAAUUUCUCCGAUGUGGCAUCAGCAAUGGUAGGUUCCAUUCGCGCGGAAAUGAAAUUGGAAGGCAAGGACAGCUUCAAAGCUAUUGUCUUUGCACCCACCGCCGCACUUGUAGACUUUUACGCCCAAAUUCUAUCCCAAUUCAAAGACCUCCCACCCGUCACCGCACUACACUCUCGUGUAUCUCAAGGCAAGAGAACAGUAGUUACAGAAGAAUAUCGCGUAGCCAAGAAUGGUAUUCUUGUAGCUACAGAUGUGAUUGCUCGUGGAAUGGAUUUUCCAUCCGUCACUAACGUCUUCCAAGUUGGACUUCCCGCCGAUAAAGAAUCAUACAUUCAUCGCCUAGGACGUACAGCUCGAGCAGGCAAAGAAGGACGUGGUGUUUUCAUUCUCACCGAGGUCGAAAGUCCAUUUUCCACAUGGACAUUAAAAGAAAUCGAGUUCGUAAAAACAGAAGCAGAUCUAAGCUCCGCACCUCAAGUCUUGAAAAUAGCAUCGAGGAUGGAAAAUCACUCGAAAACAUAUCAAGCCUGGUUAGGAUACUAUAAAAAUCACCUCAAGCUUAUGCAGUGGGAUAACGUGGAAUUGGUGAGACAAGGAAAUAUUUUUGCGAGGGAUGGAUUGGGUGCGCCAGAAACUCCAUCACUUUAUAGGGGUAUUGUUGGAAAGAUGGGUCUUAAGGGAACAGAAGGUCUGAUAGUUAUUCCUGAUCCACCUAGAGUACCACGCGGAGGUGGAGGUGGUGGUGGUGGUGGUGGUGAGGGAAGAAGUGUAGGAAGUGGAGGAAGAGGUGGUGGUGGGGGAAGAAGCAUAGGAAGUGGAGGAAGAGGUGGUGGUGAGGGAAGAAGCAUAGGAAGUGGAGGAAGAGGUGGUGCCCGAGGUGGUCAUGAGGAAAGAAGUGUAGGAAUCGGAGGAAGAGGUGGUGGUGAGGGAAGAAGUGCAGGAGGUGGAGAAAGAGGUGGUGCUCGAGGCGGUGCUCGAGGUGGUGGUGAAGGUAGAAAUGCAGGAAGUGGAGGAAGAGGUGGUGCACGAGGUGGAAGAGGUGGCUUCAACAUCAACCGGUCAGCGUGGUAA